AUGAGCGUGUCCCUGGUGGUGAUCCGGCUGGAGCUGGCCGAGCAUUCGCCGCUGCCCGCGGGCUUCGCUUACAGCGCGGCUGCUCCGGAGAUGGCUGCGGAGAGCACGGGGGCGGCCCCGACUGCUGUGCCGUCCUGUUUGGAGGGGAAAGGCCCCGGGGAGCGGGCGGCCAUCCUCCACCAGCACCUCGGCCGCAGGGAGAUGACCGACGUGAUCAUUGAGACCAUCCAGCCGCGGCCAGAUGAAACAAAAGCUGCCAUGGAAGGAAGAAAAUCUUCAGAGGCUGCAUCUGCCGAGGACAAAAAUAAACAUGACGAUCAAAGUAAAGAGCGUGAGGCUGCUCCAGACUCGCCUUCAAAACAGCUCCCUGACCAGAUUUCCUUCUUCAGCGGGAAUCCCUCGGUUGAAAUCGUUCACGGCAUUAUGCAUCUGUACAAAACAAACAAGAUGACGUCUUUAAAAGAGGACGUAAGGCGCAGCGCCAUGCUGUGUAUCCUCACGGUCCCUGCUACGAUGACCAGUCAUGACCUGAUGAAGUUUGUGGCUUCCUUCUACGAAGUAAUUGAGCACAUGAAAAUCAUCCGAGAUUCCACUCCAAACCAGUACAUGGUGCUGAUAAAGUUUAGCUCGCAGGCUGAUGCAGAUAGCUUUUAUAUGGCAUGCAAUGGCCGGCAGUUCAAUUCUAUAGAGGAGGAUGUUUGCCAGCUGGUGUACGUGGAAAGGGCUGAAGUCUUCAAAUCAGAAGAUGGGGCCAGCCUGCCUGUGAUGGAUCUGACGGAGCUUCCGAAGUGCACAGUGUGCCUGGAGAGGAUGGAUGAGUCCGUGAACGGGAUCCUUACCACGCUGUGUAACCACAGCUUUCAUAGCCAGUGUCUGCAGCGGUGGGAGGACACCACGUGUCCUGUCUGCAGAUACUGCCAAACGCCUGAGCCAGUGGAAGAGAACAAGUGUUUUGAGUGUGGAGUUCAAGAAAACCUUUGGAUCUGCUUAAUAUGUGGGCACAUAGGCUGUGGCCGGUACGUGAGUCGACACGCUUACAAACACUUUGAGGAGACCCAGCACACCUACGCAAUGCAGUUGACCAACCACAGAGUCUGGGAUUAUGCUGGAGAUAACUACGUCCAUCGACUGGUUGCAAGUAAAACUGAUGGGAAGAUAGUUCAGUAUGAAUGCGAGGGAGAUAUGUGUCAGGAAGAGAAAAUUGAUGCCUUACAAUUAGAGUACUCAUAUUUGCUAACAAGCCAGCUGGAAUCUCAGCGAAUCUAUUGGGAAAACAAGAUUGUCCGAAUAGAAAAGGAUACGGCUGAAGAGAUUAACAACAUGAAGACCAAAUUUAAAGAGACCAUUGAGAAGUGUGACAGUCUGGAACAGAGGCUGAAUGACUUGCUCAAAGAAAAGCAGUCUGUCGAAAGGAAGUGUUCUCAGCUGAACAACAAAGUGGCUAAACUUUCCAACGAGCUGAAGGAGGAGCAAGAACUGAAUAAGUGUUUGCGAGCGAAUCAAGCCUUGCUUCAGAACAAACUAAAGGAGGAGGAGAGAGUGCUAAAGGAAACCUGCGAACAGAAGGACCUGCAGAUCUCCGAGAUCCAGGAGCAGUUGCGGGAUGUCAUGUUCUACUUAGAGACGCAACAAAAAAUCAAUCACCUCCCAGCUGAGACCCGACAGGAGAUUCAGGAAGGACAGAUCAAUAUUGCAGUGGCAUCUUCUGCCAGUUCCUCCACGGCAGGCACGGGCAAACCUUCUUCCAGGAGAGGCCGUGGCAAGAGGGGCAAAUGA